AUGGAAAAUGCCACGGCUAUUACAGCGUUUGUUAUUCGUAACGAAGAUCAACCACGUGUUCAAUUUGAACUUUUUCCAAAAUUACGACUCAUAGAAAUCCGAGUCGAUGAGAAAUUAUUGGAAUUUACACCGCUUUCUGAACCUGAUGAAUUAUUAUCUUCAUCGUUAAUUUAUGGUGAUGAUCGUCAAUUAAUUAUUCGACAAACAGAUGUCAAUAGCUAUAGCAUCUCCUAUGGUGAAAGUGGAAUUCAAUUUAUUGUAGAUGUUCGACCACAGUUU